AGCGCGUCUCAUGUCGUUCAUUCCACAAGCACUUGCAUCUGGGGCAUUCGCUGCAUUAGCGUCUGUCUUUGCGAAACUAUUUACAGACUCCAGGACAGCCUACUUUACACAAAUAUUGAUAGACCUACUACCAGUGACACAACAAGAUGCUCUAAAAUCAUAUAUUCUUCUGUUGGUGCGCUUGUUAUGCUUCCUUUUAAUAUUCGCAUGCAACUCCCUUAUGUGGACAAUAUUUACCAAAGCCCUGAAUCGAGCGCCAUCCUCCACUUCGGUGUCGGUUGUAAAUAGUGCAGCUAAUUUCGGUGUAUCGGCUCUCUCAGGCUACGCGGUUUUUGGUGAACCUUUGGCCUACAGCUGGUGGCUAGGCGCAGCAUUAAUUAUAACAGGCACACUACUACUUACGCGGUCGCAGACUAAUGCCAGCAUGAAUAAAUCUAAAGUAGAGUAAUGCCUAUGGUGUCUCAUUGAUGUACAAUAAACAUGUGUUCUUCCUA